CGUAUUAAAUACCCAAUAUUGAGGGUGCCUGGGCUGGAUCCAAGCAGAUCGGGUCAGCGGGAUUCUAAACUACUCGGAGGAAGACUGCAUCGUAGUAUUUGUAGUCGCAGUGGGGAUCUGCGGGAGUGGUAGAGAUGUAGAUUCUGGAUCUACUCAUAGACAGAGAUCUAGUGACUACUGGCAGUAUUGGAGACCUUCCUAGAUCUACUACAACUUCACAACUACUUUACUGUCAAACACACACCGUCUACUCUGACUAGACUUUGUCAGAGUUUAGUUGCCUACAUACAUGGCAUUUGUGCUGUUCUCUUGGACUGAAAACAGUGAUGUGAACAUGGAAGAGAUAGCUGGCUGUCAAUUGUAUUGGAAUGCUGCUCGUUUUGAACUGAAUACAGCUGCUCCUACAAUUAAUUCUGGCUGUGGAAAAUCAAAACUCCUUGCAAAUUAUGAACCUCACACACUUACACAUUGUGAGUUAAGAGCUGAUCAAGUUUCAGGAAGAACCUCACCAAGCUUUUCAUGGCUGUUGAAAUUAUUCAGUUUUCAGAAGCUUAAUGCUGAAGAAAAGACAGUGGAAGAACCAGUGAGCACACAAGCCAAUAGUAAUCAUUCUUUAGCUGAGAGAAAAGAAAACGAACAAGUUGAAGAGCAUGUACCCUCACCAGAACUUGAAGCACUGGCAAGGGCCUAUGUGCAGAGAGAAACAGGCAUGGAACGAGUUCACAUGAUAUUUCAGAAAGACCACAAAGGUAACAGUAGUCCUGAGAUGGAUUACAUUAAACUGGCAUUGGUGCAAACCCUCAUCAUAACCUUCUUUAUGAAAUAUGUGCCUGCAUGGAAUAUCGCCAGGAGGGAGUUCAUACGGCAGAAUCAAGCAACAGUUUUUAGAACAAGAAUUGAAGCUGUGAGAAGAAUGCAAGAUCAUGUUUCUUUCACUGCAGCUAUUCAGGGAGGAGCAUUCUCUGCCAAAGUGACCACGUUCUCCGCAGCAUUUUUAGUACUGUCUCAAAUGAUAGCUUCCUACCGUAACAAGACAUCCGUCUUAGAAUAUACAGCGGCUGCAGGAAUUGCUGGUGGUUUUGCUCGUAUCCAUUUAGGCUUUCGAGGGAUGAUUGUUGGAUCUGCCUUGGGGGCUACUUUAGGGUCCCUGUUGGGAGGUUUCGCUUUGCUGACCAUGAAGGCGUACGGAUUCACACAGGAGGAACGGCAUCUGGCCACCAUCAUGUCAAAACUGGAAGUUGAGAAGUCUAUUGUUGGAGAUCCUGAGUUCCAGAAGAAGGUCAAAGAGCUGAUGGAGGAAAAUGAUCUUGUGUCGUGAAGAGUUGUGGAAAUACCUCUCUGUAGUGUGAGGCUACUGUGUUAAGCUAUGCUUUUUUUAAAUGUGACAGGAGCUAUGUUCUGAGUUGAUUGCAGAGAGAUUCCCGUCUGUGUCAGGAAGUUAGCAUUUGGUAUCUUGGUGAUGUCAUUGUGUUCUUGUCUAAUGUUUAUAAACUGCAUGUGUUUGAGUCUCCUGAAAGAAGCUUGACAGUGAACAGUGCAUAUUGAAGGACAUCAUGGUCUGCUCAGAUGUCAGUGAUACAAAUUCAUGAAAAACUACAAUGAAUAGAAUAAUAGAUUGUCUUACUUAAGAUGUGUUUUUAUUAUAUUGCUGAUUUGUGAGAGAGUGAAUUUAAAAAAAUAAAAAACAUCCUGAAGCUCUU